AUGGCGCGGCGGCUCCGGCGGCGGAGCGCGAGGCGCCCUGUGCCCGCAGCCGAGGACGUGUGCGUGUUCAAGUGCGCCGUGUCGCGCGACACCGAGUGCAGCCGCGUGGGCAAGCAGAGCUUCAUCGUCACGCUGGGCUGCAACAGCGUCCUCGUGCAGUUCGCCACGCCCAACGACUUCUGCUCCUUCUACAACAUCCUCAAGAACUGCCGCGGGCACAACACGGAGCGCUCCGUGUUCAGCGAGCGCACCGAGGAGUCCUCGGCCGUGCAGUACUUCCAGUUCUACGGCUACCUGUCGCAGCAGCAGAACAUGAUGCAGGACUACGUGCGGACGGGCACCUACCAGCGCGCCAUCCUGCAGAACCACAGCGACUUCAAGGACAAGAUCGUCCUGGACGUGGGCUGCGGCUCCGGAAUCUUGUCCUUCUUCGCGGCACAGGCCGGAGCCAGGAAGAUCUACGCGGUGGAAGCCAGCACCAUGGCCCAGCACGCCGAGGUCCUGGUGAAGAGCAACAACCUCACGGACCGGAUCGUGGUCAUUCCCGGGAAGGUGGAGGAGGUGUCGCUGCCGGAGCAGGUGGACAUCAUCAUCUCGGAGCCCAUGGGCUACAUGCUCUUCAACGAGCGCAUGCUCGAGAGCUACCUGCACGCCAAGAAGUACCUGAAGCCGAGCGGGAACAUGUUCCCCACCAUCGGCGACGUGCACCUGGCGCCCUUCACGGACGAGCAGCUCUACAUGGAGCAGUUCACCAAGGCCAACUUCUGGUACCAGCCGUCCUUCCACGGCGUGGACCUCUCGGCGCUGCGCGGCGCCGCCGUGGACGAGUAUUUCCGGCAGCCCGUGGUGGACACCUUCGACAUCAGGAUUUUGAUGGCCAAGUCGGUCAAAUACACGGUGAACUUCUUGGAAGCCAAAGAGGGCGACUUGCACAGGAUAGAAAUCCCCUUCAAGUUCCACAUGCUGCACUCGGGGCUCGUGCACGGCUUGGCCUUCUGGUUCGACGUGGCCUUCAUCGGCUCCAUAAUGACCGUGUGGCUCUCGACGGCGCCCACCGAGCCGCUCACCCACUGGUACCAGGUGCGGUGCCUCUUCCAGUCGCCGCUCUUCGCCAAGGCGGGUGACACGCUCUCGGGGACCUGUCUGCUCAUCGCCAACAAGAGCUCGGGGUGGAUCUGGGGGGACCCCGAGAGCUCCGAGUGUCCCCGCGAGCUCCGUGUGGAUCUGGGGGACCCCGAGAGCUCCGAGCGUCCCCGCGAGCUCCCUGUGGAUCUGGGGGACCCCGAGAGCUCCGAGUGUCCCCGCGAGUUCCCUGUGGAUCUGGGGGACCCCGAGAGCUCCGAGUGUCCCCGCGAGCUCUGCGGCUCCGGCGGGCAGAGCGGCUCCGGCGGCGCCACCCACUACCCGCUCAACAGCCAGUUCACCAUGGGCGGCCCGGCCAUCUCCAUGGCGUCGCCCAUGUCCAUCACCACCAACACGAUGCACUACGGGAGCUAAGGGCGCCGGCGCCGCCCGCGCGGCCGCCGCCCAUGGACCUGGACAGG